AUGCAUCAACGCCACCAACAAGGGUUUAAUCUCCUGUGGUCUCAUCACAGCGAUGACACGACAUUCCGCCUCUCACUCAAUCAACAACUUCACAACACUGAAUACUCACUCCCUGUUCGAACCAUGUCUGAAGCAAAGAACAUCAUCAUCACCGGCGCCUCCGGCCUCGUCGGUCCGCUCCUGGCCUCCCGCCUCCUCAACUCCCCAGAAUACCGCCUCGUCCUCACCGACCUCCACCCCCCCAUCCUCCCCCCCAACGUCACGCACCCCUCCAACGCGACCCUCCUUCAAGGCGACAUCACCUCCCCUGCCUUCAUCACCACCCUCCUCACCGCCGCCCAACCCCUCCACGCAAUCUUCCUGUUCCACGGCAUCAUGUCCGCCGGCUCGGAAGAAGACUACGACCUCUCCCUCAAAGUAAAUGUCGACUCGAUCCGCCUCAUCACCGACCAGCUCCGCCUCACCAACCCUGGCUGCCGCGUCAUAUACGCCUCCUCCCAAGCGGUAUUCGGACAGCCUCUACCCCAGGGAAAAAUCACCGACGACGUGCUGCCCACGCCAGAAAGCACCUACGGCUGCCACAAGCUCAUGACGGAAUCGUACCUCACCUCGCUGCACAGAAAGGGGUUUUUGGACGUGUUUAUUGCUCGGUUCCCCACCAUUAGUGUCAGGCCGGGGAGGCCGACGGCUGCAGCGUCGAGCUUCCUGUCGGGGAUUAUAAGGGAGCCGAUGAGGGGGGUGGAGUGUGUGGUCCCGAUUGAGGACAGGGGUUUCAAGAGUUUUUUGGCUUCGCCGAGGACGAUAGCGGAGAAUUUGAUUAGGGUUUUGGGGUUGGAGAGUGGGUGUUUGCCUGUGCAUAGGAGGGUGAUUCAGUUUCCGGGGGUGAGUGUUUCUGUUCAGGAGAUGAUGGAUGCGUUGGGGAAGUUUGGCGGGGAGGAUAAGUUGGGGUUGGUGAAGGAGGUGCGGGAUGAGGGGUUGGAAAGGAUUUUGAGGAGCUGGCCGACGGAUUUUGACUUGAGCACGGCGGAGAGGUUGGGGUUGGUGGUUGAUGAGGGGCCGGGGGCGGAGGGGAUUGUGGGGGAGUAUGUGAGGAGUUUGGGAAAAGUGUAA